AUGAUGUUACUGGGAAAAUCUCGUGAUACACAAACGGUGGAUAGUGUUGGAACUGGACCCUACACUCAACAGGUCUCAACACGACACACGUAUAUUCCAACAAUUUCUGCUGUUGAAAAUGGCAAAACUCGAGUCCACGCCAUUGCCAUGGGUGACUUGUACUUUUGUCGUUUCCGAGUUGUUUUGCCUUCCAAGCCAGUCCAUGAGGUGUUUGCUGUUGAGUCGUCUGCCAAUCUUUGGCACAAGCGACUUGGUCACGCCAGUGUGGACGUUCUCAAGAAAUUAUCUAAGUCACUUUCUGUCAAGCCUACUCAUUUUGAGGUUGUGGAUAGUCAUAAGUGUGACGCUUGCUUGGGUGGCAAAGCCACAGCAUUGCCAUUUAAUGGUACCACAGAAAAAGCUAGUCGUCCUUUGGAAUUAUUUGUUUCUGAUUUAAGCGGUCCUCAUGUCGCUACCCCUGUGGGUCAUCGUUAUGUCUUAACCAUUAUGGAUUAUUAUUCCAGGUACUCUUAUGUGGAGUUGUUGGUUAGGAAAAGUGAUGCAAGUCUUGCCAUUCGUAACUUUAUUGCUAGGUGUGAAUCUUAUUUUUCUGGUGAUUCUGCUGGUGAUCGAGUUGCAUAUUUUCAUUCUGAUAAUGGCGGCGAAUACAUUUCCAAAGACCUGGAGCAGUUCUUUGUGUCUAAGGGUAUCAAGCAUACUUAUACAGUUCCUCAUACUCCUCAGCAAAAUGGUGUUGCUGAGCGAUUGAAUCGCACAUUAUUUGAAAAAGCCAAGUCUAUGCUUUUAUAUGCUCAUGCUCCUGAGUAUUUAUGGGGUGAAGCUGUCAAGUCUGCUAAUUAUAUUAGGAACCGUCUUCCUAGUCGUACCACUGGUGGUGUUGCACCUCUUCAACUUUGGACUGGUAAACCUCCUAGUUAUCACCAUAUGAAAGUAUUUGGUUGUCAAGCUACAGUUGUUCUUCCUGGUGCUAAAAGAGAAUCUAAGUUAAGUUCAAAUACUGAAGCUGGUGUUUUUGUUGGGUAUUCUUUGGAUCGUACAGCUUAUCGAGUUCUUCUUGAUUCAAGCAUUGUUGAAGCCAGGAGUGUUUACUUUGAUGAGUCCAAGUUUCCAUUUAUGAAAAGUGAUAAAGACUUGUCUAUUAAUGUUACUGGUGUUGGGUUUAGUGUUGGGUCUAGUAUUGGUUCUGGUUCAGGGUCCAUGUCAGGGCCUUGUUUUGAUUCUAAGGGGUCUGGUUUAGGAUCUAAUGUUAGGGUUAAUUCUAUUGCUAGUUCUGAUUCAAGUUCUGGUUCUAGUUUUGGGUCUCAUAGAUCUUUACCAGCAUCCUCAUCUGGUUCUGGUUCUGGUUCUAUUUGUGCUUUACCGUCUCCGUCUCUGUCUUCUUCUCCGUCUCAUUCUCCGUCGGCGCCUCCUUCUUCUUCUUCUUCUUCUAUUAUUGUUCAUAAGCCUCGUUCUGUUCGUCGCAUUUUGUCUACACCUUCUGCUCCUCUUGAGUCUCCUACUCUUCCUACUCUUCCUUCUAUUUCUUUAGUUCCAUCUCUUCCUAGUUCUCCUAUUCUUCCACCUUCAGAUCAUGAUGUCUCUAUAUCUUCUGACUCUAGUCCUAUUGUUUCUUCUUCGGAAUAUAUUCCUUCACAAUUAGACUUAUCUGAAGCUGGUCCAUCUAUUAAUGAAUCUGAUAUUUCUGGUGAUUCUGGGAUCUCGCAACGAGGGGGUGAUAUUGGGUUUCAACCGUCUAUCAUUGCUUCGUCUCCCAUUCCACCACCUUCUGUUGAAUUGGAAGUAGUGCCACUUAGUCAAGAAUCUCCUUCGUCUGAUCUUGUUAAUUCUCUUGACCAAGCUGGUGUUAGUGUUGUCACUAAGGAUGAUACUCAAGCUGUUUUGCCUAAAUCUCGAUCUCGUGUUGUUGCUGUUCGUUUACCUUCUAUAACUCCUGCCAAACGCCCGAGUUCUGAUGACAUUGUUUCACCUCCUUCUAAACAUCUUUGUGAAAAUUCUUUGAAACAAUCUCCAGUGUCUGCAACACCUGCAAAACGUCCAGCUGAAGAAGAAUGUAUUUCUUAUCGUCGUCUCAAAUCUCUCCGCUUUGAGUAUGAUGAUGUGGCUUUACUUGUUUUUACAGAUCCUAGUAGUUUUGAAGAAGCUAUGUCUAGUGAAGAAGCUGAGUUUUGGCUUGAAGCCUGUGUUAUUGAAAUGUCGUCUCUUAAACGCAAUGGUACUUGGGAAUUGGUUGAUCUCCCACCUGGUCGCAAGGCUAUCAAUAGCAAAUGGGUGUUUAAAGUUAAGCGCAAAGCUGACGGUUCAAUUGAACGUUACAAAGCUCGUCUCGUGUGUAUUGGAUUUUCGCAAGUUGAAGGUAUUGAUUAUACUGAAACUUUUGCUCCCGUUGUUCGUUACGAGACUGUGAGGAUUGUUCUUGCUAUUGCUGCUCAGUUUGGGUUCCAGGUUCAUCAUAUGGAUGUCGAGACUGCAUUUCUUAAUGGUGAUCUCAAAGAAGAUAUUUAUAUGAGACAACCUAAAGGCUUUGUUGUCAAAGGUCAGGAAUCUAAAGUGUGUCAUUUGAAGAAGUCUUUAUAUGGUUUAAAGCAAGCUCCUUUGUGUUGGAAUGAGAAGAUUCAUGGUGCUCUUGUCAAACUUGGGUUUAUUCGUAAUGAAAGUGACUACGGCGUGUAUACCAAAGGAUCUGGGUCUACCAUGGUCAUUAUUGCACUGUAUGUUGAUGAUUUACUUAUUUCUGGCAAUUCUUCUGAAGUCAUUGCCAAAACCUGUUGA